AUGGCUGCAGCUGAGGGCUCCACGCCACAGGCCGAAGUGAUGACCAUCGCCUCACCCAUCAACCUCAUUAUUGCCUCGCUCUUUGUUGUGCUGCUAUACUGGCACUUCCGGCCCAAGGCGCCUGUCGAGCUCCCGCGCGGCCCGCCUCCUGUUGUUUUCCGCACCUACACCCCGAAGACCCUGAUCAAGUUCAACGGCGAAGACAACCAGCCAGUGUAUCUGGCGGUACGGGGACGGGUCUUUGAUGUCACACCUGGCAGGGGUUUUUACGGCCCGGGCGGAGUCUACGAGAACUUUGCGGGUCGCGAUGCCUCCCGCGGCCUGGCGUGCCAGAGCUUCGAUGAAGAGAUGCUGACCAAGGACCUGUCAGCCCCGCUGGACGAGCUCAAGGACCUGGAUGCCGAGCAGCUGGAGAAUCUGCAGUCGUGGGAGGAGCGAUUCUCUGAGAAAUAUCUGGUCAUUGGGAAGCUAGUGGCUGAGGGUGAUCCCGAGGCACCGGCGUCGUAA